GUUCAAAUUGAAGGAGCGAAGUGAGAUCCAAAUCCCAAGGCAGAGUGAGUGAAAUCAAAUGGCAGCGUCGUUCAGGUGGAUAUUACAACUCCACAAAGACGUUCCCAAAGCCGCACGAUUCUACUCCGAAGGCUUGGAUUUGACCAUCAAUGUCUGCACUCUCCGCUGGGCUGAACUCCAAUCUGGUCCUCUCAAACUUGCCCUCAUGCAUUCUCCCAAUGACCAACCUGUGCACAAGGACUACUCUUCUCUUCUGUCAUUCACGGUGACUGACAUCAACAGUGCAGUCACUAAACUCAUGACAUUAGGAGCUGAGCUUGAUGGACCUAUCAAAUAUGAGGUCCAUGGAAAGGUUGCAGCUAUGCGAGGUAUUGAUGGGCAUGUCUUAGGACUCUAUGAACCUGCCUAACAUGGGACACUCAUUACCAACAGUAGCAUUUUUUAGUUACAAUUUCUCAUAUGAAGUGCAGUUAAGAAGAGAAUAGAAAAAUAAAUGAUAUGAUAUAUGAUGCGAUUGAAAAUGUGAAAAAAACUGCUGCAGUGAGAUUUUACCAUUUGGUGUGAAUGGAAUUUUGAUUUCCAAUCAUUGAUUGGAAAUUUUGA